AUGGGGAAGGCCGCUUCAGGCGACGAGCGGAUCCUGGGACCUCGCACGAUAACGGUGGUGGCGGAGGCCGACGACUGCCCUGUGUGCUGGAUCUGCCUGGAUGGGCCUGGUCCAGACCGGCCGCUGGUGCACCCCUGCCGCUGCCCGAGCUGGUGCCAUGCUGGGUGCAUUGCGCGGUGGCAGCUGCAGUCAGCUGGGACCAGGCGCGAGACGCACUGCGAUUUCUGCCGCGAGGCCCUGCCAGACUGGAAGGACGUUCUUACCCCCAACAGCGACACCACCAGCGCGCCGGCGGUCAUGAACGUGAACUUUGACCAUAAGACGUACAGCUUCACGGUCGCGCCCGGCCCCGAGGGCUACAAGCAGUUCACCCAGGCCAUCCGCAAGGCCUUCCACCUUCCAGAUGACAGCGAGCUCAACAUAACGUUCACGUGCGACGAGCCCAGCUCAGGCUCGCUGCUGACGCUGUCGGGCCCGGGGGCGUACGACGCGGCAGUCCACUGCGCCGCCGUUAGCGCCGCGCGCCGCAGCUCCCUGGGCGGCCCCGAGGCCGGCGUCGGCGGCCCCAGCGGCGACGGCACCACCGCACCCGCCGGCUCGGGCGGCGACAGGGCGCAGGUCGCGGCGCCCGGUGGUGCGCGCGCGCACGGCCUGUGCCCCUGCCCGCCGCGCGUGCGUGCGCCGCGGGCCAGCACCAGCGGCGGGGCCAGCACGAAUAGCAGCCCUUCGCCCCGCUCCGAGGCGGAGGAUGCAGCCGUGGCUCGCGGCUUUUCAACCGGCGCACUGCCGCAGCAGCAGCAGCAGCAGCCUGAGGGGGCAGGGGCAGCUGCGGCGGGCGGCGCGAGCAAUGUGCGAGGUGGUGGCGGCGUCAGCCUUGGACGGAAGCUGCGUAAUGCGCUGUCUGAUAUGCUCGUGAUCCGGUGA